GUGGCCUGUGGGGCGUGACGGUAACGGACUUGUGUGUCGCUGCCACCAGUAAACGCAACACACGAACAAACAAGAACGCAGCCUUCGGUACCUGGCUAGACUGAAGACGAAGUCGCUGUCAGAAUUAUCACACAGAAGCUCAGCGGUCAGUACACGGUGUCUGCAAUGCUCGACUGCCAGUUUUUUUUGGAGGCCUGUGUGUACCUGCAAUUUCUCAGCAGGAACCUUCACCACAUUCAUAAACAGUAUGGGGGCUGUUCCUAGCAGGUGUGAUGGUGGCACUGGGAGUGCAGGAUUACAGCACAGUAGGAGUGGCCAAGACAACGACCACCUGCCUAUAAUUGAGAAGGCUGACAUCAAGAGGCGGAGCUCCAACAGGAGAGACAGCUCAGGAGAGACAGUUCACUGUCCGACCUGCUGGGGUACCGGACGUAUACCCAGAGGUCAGGAGAGCAAGCUAGUGGCUGUCAUCCCCUGUAAUGACCAGAGGCUGAGACCCAGGCACACGAAGCUGUAUGUUGCUGUGUCUGUUGGUGUGUGCCUCAUGGUCAGCACCCUAGUGUUGUUCUUCCUGUUUCCUCGCUCUGUCUUUCUGUCUUCAGUAGCCGUAAAGUCAUCCUUUGUUUACUUCACUGAAAACGAAGUGCAAAUUAACAUCACGAAUGUGUUGAACAUAACCAACCACAACUUUGCAACGGUACAGGCCUAUAAUCUGACAGUGCAGGCCCUCAACUUUGACAUGGUGGUGGGAACAGUGUCGAUCAAGAACGUCACCUCUGUCAAACCUCUGUCCAUCAAAACGUACUCCUUUGUGAUCCCCAUCAACCUGACAGACCGUGGCCUGAGUAACUACUGUAAGAGAGUGUCCUUGCCUGUCCACAUUCUCUAUGUGCAUCUACAAAUGUCUAUGACAGUUUACUACCUGGCCCACUUUGAGCAGCUCUCCCUGGAGACAUACGAGUACAUCGACUGUGGCGUGAACAGUACCAUACCACACCAUGUGCAGCUCCCGCCCCCCUGACGGAUGGACAGAUAGAGGAACAGAUGAACAAAUACUGUGGACAUACUGUUUGUGCAGGGGAAUAGUUUGGCUUGCAAUGGUUUUAUCCAUUAGCUGUGAUGCUAAGAUAUUCAGUAAGAUAUAACAUUAUACCAGGAUGCCAUUUACACUCAUCCUGAAUUGAUGGAUGAAGACGCCUGGAAAUGGAAGAUGAAUUUGAGUGACUAAGGGUGUAUUCACACCUAACUUGUUUGUUUUGGUUGAAACAAACUAUGGUGCGUUUGCCCUGUUAGUACGGUUGAUUUGGGCUGGUGAGAAAGCCCUUAAUUGAUGCGGACCAAACAACCACAUUGAGACCAUUUGAAAAGAGGGUCUCAGUCCACUCCCAAGCGUUCUCUGGUGUGGUUUGUUUGUGGACUGAGAGCAAACGGACCAACAACAGUAUUUUUUGAUAGCAGAUCUGUCGUUUUAUAUUAUUUAAAUAAUUCGGUAACCAAAGUAAUAUGUAUAUGUGUCAACACGUGAGUGCAAGUAUUUUAGCUGCAUUCACAUGCAGGUAAAAUGACUAGCAGUUAAAACUACCGUCUGUUGUAUUUGUAUGCUCUGUGUACUUUGUUCAUUAAGUCCAUUAAAAAGACAGUGAUGCCUCAGUGGUACCCCCAAUAUAUAUUUCUGUACAAGGGACUUAUUUUUCGUCCUUUAUCUACCUGUUUGUGAUUAUUCAUAGCGAUUGGUUUGCAGCCUAAUAAUACUAAUAAUGCUCAUAACCAGUUAUUUGUUCAUGAGCUCUUUCUGACAGCAGAGAGCAAAGAUAUACACAUAAGAAGCAUAAUAAAAUGCAGACUGACCUGCUCUCACACUCUUGGUUCCCACAUGGGUUCUGAUGAUACGCUGAUGAUGCAUGUUGGCAUGACCAAAAUACUCCAAUCAGUUAGUUACUUGUCCCUAUAACUUUGUAUUUACUCUUCACAGUGUGAGCUAGUGUGAUACCACAAGAAUGGACUCUUCCAGCCCACCCUAUAUCUGAAUGAAUGAAUGAAUGAAGGAAGGAUGGGCAGAAAAGCACCACUCUCGCCAGGUCUACUGACUGCUUUACAGUUGAACAGAUGGAAUUGUACAGUGGAGGAAACAGAGAAAAAUGUUUUGACAUUGAGUGGACACUGAUAAGGAAGGACUGAGUGACAGUUUGGAAGUUGGAGCAGGAAUGGCACCUGAGGACCUCAGUAUAUUCUGAUUUCAAUUCAGAGCUUUUGUUUUUUAAAGCUACAGUAUGCAACUAAUUUCUAGUAUUUUUUUUUAAUUUGAAACAUGCUCCAAAGCAUGUGGAGAGGUGCUGUCAAAGGUUUCUGUGACCAGACGCAAUGAGCAGCCUGGCAGCAUUACAGAGAUACUCUCUUAGAAAGUUUUUGAGCCCUUGCCUUUCUAACCAAUCAGAGAACGCCAAAGACAGGGGUGGGAACUUACAGUUGUCAAUCAGCAGGUGAACAGGCUUCUGGUCUACUACUCCUCUGACACUGAGGCUUCAAGCUAGUAUUAGCUGCUGGAAGAGGUCUCUUAGGCAGACUCAGACUAGCAAGCUCCUGAUUACUGCAAUAGGUGAGACAUGGAACUCGAUGAGGAUGCAGGUAGAGGGCUGGUCAGAGAGUAGCAAAGCAGGGAGAGGGAGAGGUGAGAGGAGCAGAGUGGUUUGCUUUGGAGUCUCAUGCUAGGGCUAUCUUAAUUGCCAGAACUUGUAUAUUGUAGCUUUAAAGUUAAUAGUGAUGUAAAAAGGUGAUUGAUUUUGGGGUAGUACUUGUCUGACCAAUGUCUGAAAAUCACCAUUCAAUAUGUAUAACUGCAGCUCAAUGUACUCCACUAUAUUUUGUACUUUUUUUUGUGAGUGGAAAAAACAAGGUUACAGUAAAAGUGUUUAUAAUACAUUUAUGUAAUUGUGAUAUUGCACCAUAAUUUUUUUCAAUAUAGUGCAGCUCUGUUCAGAAGUUAUGGAUUAAGUUUUUGUUUGUUUGUUUUUUAUAUUCCACCCUCAUAGCAGCAUUGGGGACACCCUGAUGGCUUCUAAGCAUGUCAUAUGCAAUAUAACCUCAGGAUAUUAUCAUCUAAUCCACAUGAAUGUCUCCACUUUCCAAUAAACUCAAAUGUUAAAAUAAAAAUUUACAGCUUUA